CUAAGACGGGCCACCAACCCUUCAAACGCCAUGGCACCGCUUGCUUCGCUAUCUAUCCCUUCCGAACUCUCGACCCGCCCGUUGACUACUAUCCUACCUCCAACUGAAAAUACGCCUUCUUUCAUCAUCACUGGGGCCAAUCGAUCCUACAAGCAUCAAUACGCAAACAUAUAUUUCAUCCGACUACGGCUGUUACGCGACUCUGUCUAUGAACGUGCGCGGCAGCGGUGGGAUGGCAUCAAGGGAAAGCCUGUCUUCGUACCCAAGGUUCUGGAAGUAGAGAAGUCUAAACUUUCCUAUAUUCUCGGAACCGUUUACAUGGACAUGCCCUUGAAACCCAAUGUCAUGGAGGACAUAGCCCGAGAUAGCUCUAUACCACCUCCUCUUCCGCUGUCUAAAUUCUUCUCUGAAGAUGACUGUGUCAUGCUAGAGGAUGAAUCAGGGCGAAUACAGCUGGUGGGCGAUAGAGUAACCAAAGCGCGUCUCGUGACUGGCGUCAUCAUCGCUGUCCUUGGAAUCGAGACCCCGACCGGAGAAUUUGAAGUAGUGGAUAUAUGUACCGCUGGUCUUGCCUCUCAGUCAGAGCAGCCUGUGUCUGAAGAAGGGAUGGAUGUUGACGAGGCAGAGGGCUGGAUAGCAGUCACGUCCGGCCUGGACAUUGGCUCGGAUGGCUCAGCUGAUGCCCAGAUUCAAAUGCUCGCUGAGUACCUCACUGGGGAAAGCGGGGGGGCCAAAGAACAGGCAUCGUCUGCGCGAAUAUCUCGUCUGAUCAUUGCGGGAAAUUCGUUGGCUCCAGCUGUGCUUACCACUCUGAAAUCGGAGGACGACGACCUGGAAGCCAGAAAAGGAAAAAGAUAUGGUUACGAUGGAGGCACAUUCUCAGCACAGCCGACGAUGACCCUCUCUGCGCAUCUGCUGGAUAUAGCGCGGACUAUGCCUGUCCACAUCCUGCCUGGCGAAUCGGAUCCUUCCGGGACAAUACUACCUCAGCAGCCGUUUCCGCGGGCGAUGUUUGGCAAAGCCGCUUCUUACACUACUUUUUUUUGCGAAACGAAUCCCACAUACCUGCGACUUGGCUCACAGUCUGGUGGAGAGCCGACGCAUAGAACUCUCCUGAUCAACUCAGGGCAACCGGUGAAUGACAUGCUCAAAUAUGUCCCCAGUUCUCGAAGUACACCCCUUUCACUGGUCGCCUCAACUCUUAAAUGGAGGCAUAUGGCACCCACGGCUCCAGAUACACUGUGGUGUCAUCCGUACUUUUCGGCAGACCCCUUCGUUUUCUCAGAAACACCGGAUCUCUAUCUUGUCGGAGCCCAGGACCACUUCGCAACCAAGGUGGUUUCCGAAGGGGCAAGGAGAUGCCGCGUCGUUUUGAUCCCCCGGUUUUCGCAAACGGGCAUCCUGGUUCUGGUUAAUUUACGAUCGCUGCAAGUCAAGUGCAUUAACUUCAGCGUCAUGGGGAUGGCUGGCCCGGCCUCGGUAGCGGAGAGUUUAGCAGUCGAGGCGGAAGGAAAACAAUAAAUCUCAGUCCUUGCAGUAUCUCAGAAAUGUUACAUAGUGAUUUACAGUGUCUACAUGUCCCAUUUCAUUGCUGAUGUGACCCAAUAUGCUCUCCCACACUGCUCGUCCUGUUCAUCGAGCCAGCAUAAGCCAUCUCUCAGCAGCAUGUUCUCCAGUGCCGCAUGAGCGCGAGCGUGGGUCCAACCUUUACGGUCGACAAGCAUGGCUUCCACAAUCCGUCCUCCCUGUUCGUGAGCGAUAGCCAUGACAACCCCUUGGUCUUCAUCCAGCUCCUUGACCACGCUCCGCACCAUCUUUUGACCGCCCGCUACGCUGAAGACCUCGUAACCCACCCCCAGUGGCUCGAGAGUUUUGAUACUUCGCAUGAUAUCGUCCUCCGUGACUUCAUCGCCUUCCACACCGCGCAGCUUUCUGACCAUCCGGAGGAGUUCUUCCAUUUCGAUUAAACCCCCAUUCCGUUCUCGCGUACUCACGCACACGUCAACGAUUUGGACGCCAAGUUCAUAUUGCCAAUCUCCGAGUCCGAGCAUCUCCGCCCAAAAGCCACCUUUUCGGGGCCCGGCAAGGGGGUCUACACCAAUAGACGCGCACAUUUGUUGGAAGGCAUGUCGAAUAGCAGGGUCUUUCCGGAUAGAGUCCCGGUGAGAAGAAGCGAAAUGGUUCAGAGCUGAUCGAAACUGAGCGAGCUGGGCGUGAAGGUUGUCUACUUGAGAUUGCGAGAAUUGGUUCGAGAGCUGGGCGAAGGAGCGCUUGGACUGUUCUUGCAGAUCGAAGGCGGCAAGUCCAGCACCCCGACGCAUGUCCUGGGCAAGUCAACAGUGUUGGAUGAUGACAGGAUCAUACUAGUAGUAUUGAUGGCUAUCGAUGGCCGGGUCUCCUCGGUCACGUUUGUCACCCAGGUCUGCACUGAAUCUCGAUGUUCUUCAACUGCCUGUUUAGUCUCAACGUGCCAAAAUGGAGGAUGGCUGCAACGACACAAACACGGUGGCAAACAUCCUCGUUCCUAAAUACCCGAGGAGCUAUCACCGGUUACGAGAGGCAUGCCGGUCGCCUGCUUCCGCCUGCACUGCUUGAGUUGCGACACUUGUGCGACAUAUCCUGGGACUGGGGGGUCAGAAAAAGGUCAUUGUUCCCUUUCCUAUCAGACAGGACUCAUGCCAAUGUACUAAUGGGCCGCCGUUCCCCAUUAGCAUGUCUCCAUUCAUCCAUUCCAUCUCACGCGUCUCCUGCUGGCUUUCAGAUCGGGUUCUCUUUGAACUUCGCCCUUUCGAUCACAUCGUGUGCAAUGUCAUUCUCCGCGCCAGCUCUGGUUUUUGGAUAUAAUGGGCCACUGGAUGGAUCUGGGCUAUUGACCAGGGAGAUCUGGCGUUCUAAUUAGAGGGUUGAUGUUAAACAGCCUCUGUCACUUUCAAGUUGCAACUCCCUCGAUCAGUCAUCAUUGCCGCGAUGCCUGUGAACGGAGUCACCAAAAGUGGUGUUUGCUCUCACGUCGGAAGGAUUCCGCAGCACCCAGAAACACUUAAAGACCGUUGCACGUCCGUACUCGAGCAGUCAGCCAAUUUAUCCCAGCAAUCAUGCGAUUCGCUUCGACCUUCUUGUUCGCUGCAUCUGUGGCCGCCCAGUACGGUGGCGGUGGUGUCCCUGCCCCAGCGACCACCUCGAGCACUGCGGCUGCUGCGGCCAUUCCAUCUGCUCCGGCAGACACGACUGGCCAUGUCAAUAUCAAUGUCGCUCCCGGGGGAAAGUUCGUCUUCAGUCCGGCCAAUGUCACCGCUUCGAACGGGACUUCUGUGACUUUCUGGUUCCCACCUGGGACCCAGCACUCAGUCACACAGAGCUCUUUCGCGAACCCUUGCACGUAUCUCACGGCGUCGUCCAAUAACACUGCUGGAUUUGACUCGGGUCUCACCGAUUCCGACCAGUUCACCAUCAUCAUAACCGAUGACACGAAACCAAUCUGGUUCUUCUGCAAGCAGGUGACGCACUGCGGUUCUGGGAUGGUGGGCAGCAUCAAUGCCCAGACCACCAACAACACUUUCGACGCCUUCAUGUCAGCAGCCAAGUCCGUCGGUGGUUCCGCUCCUUCUGUGAGAAACUGCUCGUUUGAUCUCCCGUCCCUCAUUGAUCCAUCGCUCAGCCGCCCUCGGGCUCGGUAACCGGAGGCUUCAAUGCUAUCGCCAGUGCCGGUCCCUCAAACACCGGAAGUGCCGCUCCGGCAGCUACAACUGCCGGAACACCUUCAGCAGGCACCAAGUCAGGAAUCACCGUCGGCGCUGUUGCGCUCAGUCUUAUCAGUGCAUUCUUCGCCUUGGCUUAGAUCUUUUGACCGUCCUUGCUUUGACUUUGAUGAAUACUUCUAAGUACGAUUACAUACUACACUUCAUGAAUGCCAUGCUACGUAUUCAAAAGCUGAUGCCUUAGCACUAAACUCGCACAAUUCCAUUUCCAUUCCAGACCACUCCAGCUUUGAUGUUCUAAGAGAUAUAUAUUUACAAAUUCAAUGUCG